GAACUCUCCCCACGCACGUGAAGCCUUUAAGAGUACUGUCGGCGGGGCUGUCACAGACCACACCUCGCACCUCUCUUCUUCCUCCUCAAUAUUUAUAUAAAUAUAUAGUCAUAGAAACUUUAGUUUCAGGGAUGGUUGAAGCCUGGAGCUUCUUCUGAGUUUCUGCUUGUUUGUUUCGGGUUUGGAUCCAAUAUGGGGUCUUGUCGGUACUGGACCCGAAGCCUAUUCUUAGGCUACUUGGUUCUUUUUUUCUUCUCUCUCUGUCUUUGUAUUGCUGCUGAGACUUCUGCUGUUGUUGGCUCUGUGGAGUGUGUUGAUUGUGGCCCAAAGAGUCUCAGGAAUGAUGAAAUUUAUAAAGGU